AAGAAGUGGAGGAAAGAAAGAAAAAGGCGUCGUUUACAGUCUUCAGUUUUAAAAGAUGACCUCCGACAAUGAGGAACCAGAAUUUGACUUUAACUUUCUGUUCGAAUACAGCCAAGAGGAGGACUCUGCGAGGAGUAAAGAUGCUUUCAGCUAUUCCCCGAACGCCAGCAUGUCCCUGCCUCUCAGUGUAGGGAAUCCUUGCCUGUCUUCCCAGUUCCAUGGCCUGGCACCCAGUCCUGUUAUCUCGGUGUCUUCCUGCCACCAGGCAGCCUACGGGUUGCUGGAAGAUACCGGAGUCUCCAGCUACUACAUGUCGCCUGGCCUGCGGCCCAAUGGAGGCCCGACCCUGGAAAGCCCUCGCAUCGAAAUCACGGCCUAUGGGCAGCUCGCAGAGGAGGAUGUAAAGGAGAGUCGGGUGCCGGUGACCAGGCAGCUGAGCUCAGCAGUGAUGCUGACUCUGCCUAGCACCGAUGGCUACCGUGAUCCAAGUGGCCUGAGCCCCGCCAGUAGCCUGUCGUCCCGGAGCUGCCACUCAGAAGCGUCCUCCUAUGAGUCAGGCUUCUCUUACAACUACGAUAACUCGCCGGCCACCUCGCCCUGGCAAUCGCCCUGCGUCUCCCCCAAGGGCCCAUCCUCGCUAGCCUCUUGCGCCCUGGGUGGUGGCUCGCCUCGCCAGUCGCCCGCUGCUUCUCCCCGCCCCACCUCGCCUUGUGGAGGAAAGCGCAAAUACAGCUUCAGUGGCUCAGGGGGCGGGGCUCCCUGUAGGCGUGCCUCGCGCUCGGCCACGCCUUCUCCGCAGGGCUCACCUCGCCUCGGGGCUGGGGAUGACACCUGGCCACCGGACACCAACCGGUACACCAACUCAGCCAUUGUCGCGGCCAUCAAUGCGCUAAGCACCGAUGGCACCGGUGACAAUUCGGAGGACAUCCCCCUCAAGGCUAGGAGGACCAACCAGGAGUCUGGCCCAGGCAUGAGUCUGAAGGUGGAGUCUGGAGGGGAGGAGCUGAUCCUAGGCGAAACCCAAGAAGACUACCCAAGCCCUCGGCUGCCCUUCAAGAAAGAGAACUACAGUGGAGGGUUUCUUGAUGUGCCCCAGUAUUCCUACUCCUGGUCAAAGCCUAAACCCUACAUCAGUCCAUCCCUCCCCGCACUGGACUGGCAGCUGCCCUCCUGCUCCGGUCCAUACAACCUGCAGAUAGAGAUGCAGCCCAAGUCACACCACCGGGCCCACUAUGAGACAGAGGGCAGCCGUGGGGCCGUCAAGGCACCAUCUGGGGGCCACCCGGUGGUUCAGCUCUAUGGCUACAUGGAGAGUGAGCCCCUCACGCUGCAGCUCUUCAUCGGUACGGCUGAUGACCGCCUGCUGCGUCCGCACGCCUUCUACCAGGUGCACCGUAUCACUGGCAAGACCGUGUCCACCUCCAGCCAUGAGGUCAUGCAGUCUAACACCAAGGUGCUGGAGAUUCCCCUGCUCCCAGAGAACAACAUGCGCGCCAUAAUCGACUGCGCGGGGAUCCUUAAACUGCGCAACUCCGACAUCGAGCUGCGGAAGGGCGAGACGGACAUCGGGCGCAAGAACACGCGCGUGAGGAUGGUCUUCCGGGUGCACAUCGAACAGGCAAACGGCCGCACAGUGUCGCUGCAGGCGGCAUCCAAUCCCAUCGAGUGCUCCCAGAGGUCGGCCCAGGAGCUGCCGCUUGUGGAGAAGCAGAACGUGGACAGCUGUGUGGCCACUGGGGGCAAGAAGAUGCUUCUGAGCGGACACAACUUCCUGCCGGACUCCAAGGUGCUGUUCCUGGAAAAGGCCCAAGAUGGUCACCAUAUUUGGGAGACAGAAGCCAAGGUUGAGAAGGAGUCCUUGAAGGCAACAACGCUGGUGGUGGAGAUCCCACCUUACCACAACCAGAGGAUAUCCAGCCCCAUCCAGGUCAACUUCUAUGUUUGCAAUGGCAAGAGGAAGAGGAGCCAGUACCAACGUUUCACAUACCUGCCCCCCAAUGUUCCGAUGAUCAAAACAGAGCCCAAUGAUGACUACGAGCCUCAGGGGGUGCCAGCUCUCGGUUUGCCCCCCAAGCCUUACUAUGGGCCGCAAGGCCUAAGCCCAAUGAUGCAUGCCGAUCCCAGCCCCUGCCUGGCGGGAGGUUACCCCGCCUGCCAGCAAAGACACGGUGGGGCAGUCCCACCCUCCUCCCCCAGCUCCAGCCCCACGCUGCACGACCUGACCCCCACCGCCUACCCCAGGUGCCUUCCGGCUGGAAGGUCACCUGACCAUGCAGUUCCAGCCCUGCUACCAGUGGCCCAGGCAGGCAGCCCGCACGGCUACAACCUGCCCCCGCUCUUUUCUGCCGGCAGCCCCGUUUCCUCCUCUCCAUCUCCAGCAUCUCACCCCUCCACUCCGGGCCUGGCUCCUGAGGGCCCAUUCGCCCCACCCGCCACCACCCUGGCCAGGAAGACACCUCCUGCUCUGCUGACCGACAGCGCCACCCCUCCCGCCCUGCCGGUCACCAUCAAGCAGGAGCCCCAGGAGCUGGACCAGAUGUACCUGGACGAUGUUAAUGAAAUCAUCAGGAACGACCUUUCCAGCAUCUCAGUGCACAGCCACGCAUAGACCAUUAGUGGUGGCCUCACUGUCUCUGACCUUUGAACUUUUACCACCACCAAUCCAGACACAGGAAGCACAGAGAAAGGGAAAGGAAUUGCGUGUCAGAUGUAUGGGUCACACCAAUGAUGCGCUGGAUCCUCAAGAUGCCCUUCUCUCCCUCAUUUUCCAUGAUGACCGAGGGACCCAUCAGCCUGACAGGACCAUGACCGGACCUGCACAGUUUCCAAGGAGAACAUGCUUUUGAAAAUGAUAUUGACUGAAAUUCAUAUUUAAAUAGACCACAAACCACAAAAGACUAGAAAACCAAAUUAUCUGCCUUAAAAAAAGACUUCAACAAACCCAGUGUCCAGAAAACAUCACUUCUUCAUCACAACAGUGCAGAGUUGUAGGACUUAAAAAUCACCUGGCUUUAUUUGGCUAAAGUUUCCAAACAUAAACAGCUAGCCAAAGUGCCUUAUUCCACCAGCAAACCAGACAGAAGCCUAUUAUUUUAUAUGAUUUUUUAUUAUUAUUGAUGGUUAUGUUGUAAUGUUUUCUGGAGAAAAGCUGUGUAGGAUUCACCUAAAUGGCCUUUGUUGUGAUAUUCCCUUGUUCCCUUGCUAAACAUGUAUGUCUCAUGUGCUUUGUAUGUUAAUAUGUGUAAACUGUACCUCAAAUGUAUGCCUUAGCCAUGUAUCACAGCCCUUCCUUUACUGAGCAGUCAACCCCUAGCAAUGUUGCCUUCACACAUUCAGAACACCGUUCAGAGUUCAUCAGUAGGCGCACAGAAUUAUAGAAACCACGCAAGCUCAGGUUAGCAGGGAACCAAAAUUACAAGCUAGACCUUCUGUGAUGACGACUGUUAAUCGUUACGGGACUCAGCUGCAGCCAAAGACACAAGAUGCACGUUUUUACAUUUAUGAGAAAUAUGCAGUGUAAACUCAUUGACAUAAUCGUGUUCUCAGACUAAUUGUUUAGUGUGGUAGAACAGUCACUAUCCCCAGUGCCUGUACAGGUCCACAACGAGAGACACCUGCCUGGAAGUCUCUCCCUUUAAAAAUGCUCCUUCAGGGUUUCCCACUCAGCCAUUUUGUAGUACUUAAUGCAAGUCGCAGAGCAUGUAAAUAAGCUUAUGACUGUGUCUUUUGAUAUAUCUAUUAAUAUCAGUUUUUCCUGCCUUUUUAUUCUGGAGGGGAAAAAUUACUAAAGCUGGCAAUAAUGGAUUUUGAUAAACCAAAGGAUUCUAUCUUUGGUGAAAUUAUUGCUCGUGCUUCAAAACUUGGAUGUUAUGGAUGAUUGUGAUACAUCUCAAAGAAUGUAUGCACUUUUGAUAGUGAGCUCACACUUGACAGAUGUCCAUCUCACCGACCGAAAUGCUCCAGGACACGUCGAGUUGUAUUUGUGAAAUCUCUCUUUGUCAAUAAGAGAUUUUCAUCAUUGUCUAAAGUGAUUAUUGUGCAUUAGGUAUGUGUGUAUAAAUAUAUAUAUAU